AUGGAGGCAGACCGGGUGGUGUCACAUUGGCGGCACCUCCUGGAAUUAGCGCGGGGACGGAAUGUCAUCCCCCCUUUCGAGAAAGAUGAGAAGGCAUGCCCUCGACCUUCCUUGACGCGUGCCGCUACCUUACAUUUGUUGAGGCAACGCUCCAUUCUGCAAGAAGAAUGGAUUUCAUCAGUCCACCCGUUAGCAAGGAAUCCCUUGCCAUCACUGUUGUCCAGUGGGAGUUCCACUGGACCUCAGCCUGUGGCGCCAGUGAAGACAUUGGAGUCAGGCUUCAGCACAUCUACGCGUGGCAGCUUCAAGGGGUCUGACAUAUCGGCAGAACCCUCCUUCUGGGCCCAUGUCCCGUUCCUUCAUCGCUGCUAUUCAUCCUUGACUCGAAGGUGCUCUAGAAGGAGGCCAGAUCCACCUGCCCAUGGCCAAUGGAGUGAAGAUGCUUGGGCUUUUGAUCCGGACCCUCGAGGGACAUGGUUGCGGGCUUUUGCUGGGCUAUCCCUGGCCCCGACUCCAAGGGAUUGGGCACAACGGAGUCUUCGUUCUCGAACGGUGCCCUCCUUGGACCUGCAGCCAACCAAGACCUUGAGUGGAGGGCCUUUGAUCGAGCUGUUGUACCUGAUUUCCUUCAAGGCACCCAGUCAGGAGCAGCCCGACAACACGACUUGCAUCCUGAAAGACAAUGCUGAAGCUGCCUUGGGCUCUGGAUCGUCAAUCCUUAUGCUUACCUGGGAUGGAAAUCUCAUUGUGCCAGCUGGACAAAAGCAGUUCUUCUCGAAAGCCUUCGUCCUGAACAUCACUGGCCAAGUCACCUUUCAGGAAAAGUCCAACCUCAUCAUCGAUGGUUGGGCGAGGAUUUGGGCGAAAGGGCUGAGCAUGAGCUCAGCAUAUUUAUCGGCCAAAUACCAUCUUGUUGUUAAGCACAGCAGCUGCGGGGAGGGCUUCCGGAUUGACUCAUCGCAGCUGCAAGCGCGCCAGAUCACGCUGUCCUGUCCAAAUGGAGACAUGACGUUGACUGGACCUACCUCUUUGCAAAGUAGCAAAGGAGUGCUGCUGGCCAAGAACUUGUACUUGCAGGACCACGUGACGCAGCUGAAGAUGGACCAGCUCAACCUUGUUUCGCGAGGGACCUUGCACCUGGCUGCCAGCCCUUUGCGCAAAAGCAGCGUGCUGGUGAAAGGCAGUGAUGUGAGCUUGGGAUGGCAGGGUGGCAACUGGCUGCUCUCCCGACUGGUGGCCCAAGGCCGCGAGGUGCUCAUCGCGAAUGAUCAUCGAAUCGAGGUGCUGGGUGCCAAUACUUGCAAGAACAUCGAGUUGCCCUUCGUGGAUUUGUGUGCAAGCUUCGCGGAGGGAAUUGAUAUGGUCAAAAGCAACCCGCUGUCUGAGAAGCUUGGAACCUUGAGUGUAGACCUUGCCAUCUUGGCGUGGCAAGAGCUGAAUGUUGGACCACGUGCCCGGCUCUUGGCGGCCGCCCCGUUCCUGUGCUCGCGGGAGGUGAUGGUCUUGGAGCGGAUGGCGGUCAUUAGUAGCGAUGGCCGGGGCUGCCCGCCGGGGGAGGGAAUCCCUGGCCGAGGCGAGUCUCGAAGCUAUUACAUUCGCUGCGGAGCAGCUGGAGCAUCCAACUUCGGGCUAGGGGGCCUCGGUGCCAAAUUGGAUGAGAAGCUUGAGUUGACCGGCUGUGCGCGGCCUGGUAUCCGAAGUGAUUUUGCUUGGUCCCGUUUGCCCCUGAGGGGUGCCGCGGGUGGUGGAUGUGGGGUGCCAGCUAAAUACUGCGUUCCUGAUCCCGACCUAACAGAGCCAAACUCCGCAGGGGGUGGCCUGAUCUGGCUUUCAGCCCCAGUCAUCUCCCUGUCGGAUGGAGUGCGUAUCACAGCAUCAGGCACCGACGGUGCAUUUCAAAACUACCGGCAAUUUUGGUUGCUAGUUUCAGGCGGCGGUGCAGGAGGGCAAAUCUUAGUGAUGACUUCGCAUUUCCAGGUACUUUGUGACAAGGAAGCCUCCUCAGAAUGCGAAGCUCCAAAGCUCUCCGCCACUGGUGGGAGCGCACAGUGCAGUAGCAAGACUGCGGCCACGGGGGGUGCAGGUGGGGGAGGCUUCAUUGGCUUGCUCCGGAACAGCACAAUCAUUGAAGACAUCGCGCUAGACGUGUCAGGGGGAGGCCUGACUGCUGGCUGUGCUGAUGUCUUGCCACAACAAGGCCGUGAGAUCAUUCAGGGAGGGGCUGGCUUUGCCACAUCCCUGGUCCCUUGCCAGGAAGGCUAUUCCGGCCCCUUCUGCUCUCCGUGCCCGGUGGGUCGCUGGGGCGAUGGGCAGAAGCCUUGUGAGCCGUGCAAGAACAAGCGUGGCUUCGCCUUUUACGCUGCCGAUGCGUGGCCCAAUAGCUCUUGCCCCUAUGAAUGUGAGAUUGGGCUUCCAGAUGUGAAGAUCAACCCUGAGUGCCUCAACAACAUCGACUUUGCUAUGAGCUGCUUCGGUGGGAGACGCGGUUUUCUUGCAGUCUUAAUCUGCCCGCUGAUCAUCUUCAUCAUGGCGCGUGGUGUUUGGUGGUUGUGCCGCCAGCGCCGCAAGUCCCCUGGAGCCUUUCGCGUGGGAAGCCGGGAGUUUCAGCCAGAGCAGUUGCCAAAACACGUGUGCCGCAUUUACUGGCAAGGACAGAACUCACCUGAGCUCCCCUGGAAGAUCAGCCGUGCAGCUACCCUGAUUGCAGCGCUGCCUUCAGGCGUGGCUGAAGAAGCGAAGAAAGAGGGCUGGGAGGAGUUGGUGAUCCAGCUGCAGCAGGCAGUUCGCAUCCCUACCUGGGAGACCUACUGUUUGAAUCUUGUGUGGUUCCUGAGCUUGCCUCUCUACCAUUGCAUGGCUUUCAGACAGAGGGCCUUCCGGGCUCGGAAGGUCUCUGCCAUCUUGGCCGCUGCCGCCGACACGGGGCAUCUCUGGACAGCCAGGCGGCCGCGGCCGUCGGGGAGCCGCCUGGCCCGGGCGCAUCUUAGCUUCGGCUGCGAUGUGAAGGCCACCUCGGCCCACCUGGACGUUUUCGACCUGUCUCGGUCGCUGGUGGACUGGGCACCCUCCAGGUCGGAGCAGGUCUUCGUGGCCCAAGGAAAGGGUACCUGGGAGAUGCCCUUCGAGCUCAACGUGAGCGAUCCCUUGUUCCUGGGCUUGGCACAGACCCCGCAGCCGGUGGAGGCCCAGGCGAUCUAUUCCUUGGUUUGCACCUUCAACCUCUUCAGUCGCUUGGUGCCUUACUCCGAACUUGCAGAGUCAGAAGAUCAGAUUGACCUUCCUGCUCUCAGCUUGCUGGACCAGGAGGUCAGGCGCUGUGGUGUACGCUUGGGGCAACCCUUGGCUCAUGUGCAGGUGCUGCGCUUUUGGCCAGACGAGGCGGUCAGUGCAGAGAGCUCCCCACGCGAAGCGAGCAGCACGGUGGAUGAUGGUGCCUUCUUCAGUGAGCUGGUACAGAGGAUUCCUGCCGCAGAAACCCUUGAAGCAAAAACCAAAGUAGAAGUGGACUGGAAGUUAUGCUUGGUCUUGCACGGCAACAUCGAGAAUGGUGAACUGGUCAGAGAUGUGGAGGGCGUCCUUGCAGCUCCAGGAACUGGAUGCAAACCCAACAGAAAACUGAAAGAAGCUGUCACAGUGACGAGUCUGAGAAGGAUUUCCGCAUUUUUGCCAAGCCGGAGGUUUGAGCAACUCUGCUUUCAAGCGUUGUCUCCGUGGGUGUGCUCCAUUACAAACCCCAUUUUGGAGUUUCUCGUGUCAGUCCUUUUCUUUACCUUGAUCAUACUAGAUGCAAUGGUUUGUGCCCUGGUUGCGUACAGCCUGCGCAAUUUGUCUGGUUGUGCAACCUUCUGGAUCUGGCUGCUGCUGCCGACCCCAUUGGCCCCACCACUCUCUAUAGCAGCGGGCAUUGCAUCACUGCUCUUGCAUAAGCCGAGCCGGCUACACUCACAGCUGGCUUUGCGGAGCUCUUUCAACGUUCUGUUCGUCGCCCUGCCAGCGCUCCUCGAGGCGGAUGUGGAGGCUCCGUUGCUACCGUGCUUGUCCUUUCUCUUGAACUUGGCGGCCUCCUACGCUGCUGCAGUGUAUGCAGGGCUGGCAGAUUCUGCCAUAGACUUGGCCACCGCAGAGGACAGUGGGAAUGCUUCCUUGCGGGGGCAGGUGCCGCCGAUGAUCGAACGCUCACGCGAACCAGAGAAAUCAGAGAUCGCACUGACAGCGGCGACGGGGACAACAGAGUAUGCCGGAGCCUGGGUGCAGCUGGUUCAGCCGGUCAAGCUUUUGUGGCAAGAUUUCCGGCAUGCCCAGCUUUGUGCGGUGAUCAUCAAGAAGCUUCCAGACAGAGCCCAAGCGGCCGAGGGCAGCCCAGCACCUUUCACUUUCACGGUUCUGGCAGCUGUUCUGCCACAGGACGAUGACUCUGAAUGCGUGACGGCUGAUCCUACGGAUUUCCUCUACUGCACUGCGCUAUGCUUUGAAGAGGCUGGCCAGCUGCGAGCCUUUUGCCUGGUGUCACGCCAUCCCUUCUUGGAUGCCUUUGGCAAGUUGCUGUUGCUCUUGCGCGAUGGCAAAGAGGCUCUAGCUGGGCAGUCAGAUGAGGCACAGAAGUUGGAUAGUGGGACUUGUAUCAAUUGCAGAAGUGCUCUCUCUCUCUCUCUCUUUUAG